AUGCAAGAUUCAAAUUCGAGCCAGCUGGAAGAUGCAGUUUUGCAAAGCCAAAUCAGCGGAUAUUUCUCCCUAGCAUCUGUCGUGCUGUUUUACUACGACUAUAUCCUAACGUUUGAUGAUGAAGUCCGAUUCUUCUGGAGGAUAAAUAGAAAGACUUCGGGCAUACCUUGGUACCGCAUAAACACUGUUGCAGUCUUGUUCUUCAUGAAUCGAUAUAUUCCGCUUGCUAUGAAUGCUACGAUUAUCGUGCAUAAUCUAGGAACGCUGUCGUCAUCGAUUAUUAUUGUCAUUGUUCAAAUAAUCGUCGCAAUGAUCACUGGAAUCCGCACAUACGCCUUAUAUGAACGAAGUCGAGCAGUAUGGAAACUCCUUGCCGCACUUUUUGUUUGCGGAGUGUCAGUGGGAUUGUGGUCUGUCCUUGGGGGUGAAGCGCAAUUGCAAACCAUCGAUGUCCCAGCUAAGUUCGGCUGUCAUGCACCGGUAUCGGAUCAGGAAGGAAUGCGGAUAGCAGCACCUUGGAUAGUGUUGAUGGUAUACGAUGCUGUCAUCUUUUCACUAACACUCUGGAAAGCAUUGGAGAUAUGGAAACUUGGCUCGAGCCGAUUAUUUCAAAUUUUAAUUCGAGAUGGUGAGCAGACGAUUUGUAUUUUCGCACAACAGAAUGACUUCUUACCGAGGAAUAUGCUAGGAUCGAUAUUCUUCUUUGUUAUGACGAUGGCAAACCUGUCAAAUGUGCUUGUUCUUAUGCUUGCCCAUCCUUUCUUGAAAGAUGUGUGCACGGCGUUCACAAGCGUGAUUUCUGUAAUAAUGGUCUCGCGCCUCAUACUGAACAUCCAAAACCCGAAGUUGCUUGAAGAGUCUCAGACGAAUCGAUACGUCGAGACUGUGGAAGUAGGGACACUUGUGACAUGUUUCAUUGAAGACGAGUCUGAUUACACGACGAGUACUUGGACUAUCUAGUUUCGAGCUGAAGCGUCGUGUUUUUUUAAUUGUGUAGAGUG